AAGCCAAACCUUAUUCUUCUCUUAUAUUUACUCUCUCUCUCUCUCUCUCUCUCUCUCUAAUAAACUCUCCCACUCUAGUCUCUACUCUCAGUUGGCCUCCUACAACAGCCGAUCCAUACGCGAUACCAAACUCUGAAUCUGUUAAUACACUAACAACACACUCUCUACUGCUGCAUUAAUCGUUGUAGAUAUUCAGUUUAUGAAGCCACCACCUUGGUUGAUUCAGAUACUUCAGCUAUAAAUCUAUAUACAACUUCUCACGAUUGAAUGCGGGUCAUGGAUAUUGCUGAGGUUGAAGAACAUUUAUCGGCGAUUGGUGAUGCAAAGUUACAUGGAGAAAUGUGCAAGACAUUAUCUGUGAUUUAUUGCAAAGUGCUGGGUGUUUUCCCUGUCUUGGAAGCGGCACGGCCGAGGAGCACGACUGGUAUACAGGCAUUAUGUUCUUUGCACAUUGCGCUCGAGAAGACCAAGAAUAUUCUGCAACAUUGUGCUGGAUGUAGUAAACUUUACUUGGCUAUAACUGGGGAUUCUGUUGUUGUAAAAUUCGAGAAGGCAAAAUUUGCUCUUGAAGAUAGUCUUAGGCGGGUCAAUGAUAUUGUUCCAGAGGCUAUUGGUUGUGAGAUUUCAGAAAUUUCAUGUGAACUUGAGGGGAUUGAGUUCUCACUAGAUCCAUCGGAGAAGCAAAUUGGUGAGGAUAUAAUUGCACUACUCCAGCAAGGGAGGAGAUUCAGCAGCAACUGUAACGACAAUAAUGAGCUUGAAUCUUUUCACCAAGCUGCUUCUAGACUUGGCAUCACAUCUUCUAGAGCAGCUCUUACGGAGCGAAGAUCUUUAAAAAAACUGAUAGAAAGAGCUCGGAUGGAGGAAGACAAAAGAAAGGAGUCUAUCGUUGCUUAUCUCUUAUAUCUAAUGAGAAAAUACUCUAAGCUAUUUAGAGGUGACUUCUCAGAUGACAAUGAUUCACAGGGCUCCACCCCUUGCUCCUCCCCUACUGUUCAGGGAUCUUUUGAAGGAAAUUGUCAUGCCUUUGAUCGACAACUGUCUAAACUCAGUUCUUUCAACUUCAAGCCAAAUUUUAGGAGAUCAGAUCAAAUGCCCGUCCCACCUGAAGAGUUGAGGUGCCCAAUUUCACUACAGCUCAUGUACGACCCAGUCAUCAUAGCUUCUGGGCAAACAUAUGAAAGGAUUUGUAUUGAAAAAUGGUUUAGUGAUGGGCACAACACCUGCCCAAAGACUCAACAGCAUCUCCUGCAUCUGUCUUUGACUCCUAAUUACUGUGUUAAGGGUCUUGUUGGUAGUUGGUGUGAACAAAACGGAGUGUGUGUUCCAGAGGGUCCCCCAGAGUCCCUUGACCUCAACUAUUGGAGGCUGGUAUUGUCCGAUUGCGAUUCUGUGAAUUCAAAAUCAAUUGACAGUAUUAGAUCCUGUAAAGUGAAGGGUAUAAAGGUGGUUCCAGUGGAAGAGAGUUGCAUACUUGAGGAGGUUGAAGGAAAUGCAGUAGAAGAUGGGCCCGGACAAGAGGAAGAAUUUGAGCAUAAUGUGUUUCAAAGGUUCAAUGACGUUUUGAUGAUCUUGGACAAGGAGGAAGACUUUAGAAAAAAGUGCAAACUAGUAGAACAGAUAAGACACAUGCUAAAGGAUGACGAGGAAGCUAGGGUAUACAUGGGGGCUAAUGGGUUUGUUGAAGUACUGUUGCGGUUUUUAGGUUGUGCUGUGCAAAAAAGGCAUGAAAUGGCUCAGGAAACUGGAGCUAUGGCCCUCUUCAAUCUUGCAGUCAACAAUAACAGAAACAAGGAAAUGAUGUUGGCAGCAGGAGUACUUCCACUGCUGGAUGAAUUGGUUUCCAAAUCCAACUCUCAUGGAUCAGCAACCGCACUUUACCUCAACCUGUCCUGCCUCGAUGAAGCCAAACCAAUCAUUGGCUCGAGUGACGCUGUCCCCUUCCUAAUUAAUGUCCUUGGAACUGAAACCCAUCCACUAGCCAAGCUUGAUGCAAUCCACACCCUCUAUAAUCUCUCUACUCUCCCCUCAAAUAUCCCCAAACUGCUCUCAUCUGGCAUCAUCGACAGACUCGCAUUCCUUGUCACUGACUCAAGCGACCACGCAUGGACAGAAAAAUGCAUUACCGUUUUGAUAAACUUAACUUCAAGUAAAUUAGCUAGAGGUGAGAUGAUAUUAAAUCCGAGCCUAAUUAGUGGGCUUGCAACUGUACUGGACAUAGGCGAGCCUGUUGAGCAAGAGCAAGCCGCUGCGUGUCUUCUUAUUUUAUGCAAUGGAAAUGAGAAAUGCAGUCAAAUGGUCCUUCAAGAAGGGGUAAUACCAUCGUUAGUUUCGAUUUCUGUUAGCGGGACCAUGAGAGGGAAGCAGAAAGCUCAGAAGCUCCUGAUGCUGUUUCGGGAGCAGCGGCAGCGGGACCCGUCGCCUGUUCGAACACCUCAGCUGAUUGAAAGCGGUGAUGUGGAUGUGCGUGAUCCAGAACUGAGACCGAAACAGAAACAUCUUUCUAAGUCAGUGUCGAGAAGAAAGAUGGGAAGGGCUUGGAGUUUUUGGUGGAAGAAUAAGAGCUUCUCUCAGUGCUGAGUUAGUUUAUGCUAUAUAGUCAAGUGUUGUAAAUUUAUGUUGUUCUCUCUCCUUUUCCACUUGUUUUGUCCAGUUCAUAUGGGCGUCAUAAAAAAUGCAAAAUCUUUAGCUUUUCACAUAGAACAAGAGUUGUACAGGCCAUUGUAACCCAUGUAUUCUGUAUGGUACACUUAUUCAAGGCUUAGAGCUUCAUUUUUGAACCGAAUCCAGCAGCGCUUAAAUGGAUUAUUUGAGGUCCACAACCGCUGUAUUUGCUC